AUGGCGGCUGGACGAGGGGAGUUUUUACUGAGUUUCUUGGAGGGUUUGAGGCGGAACCGGAACCCGGACCUCGGCCUCUCGGCUCCGGCGACACGGCAGCCGAAGGCCGGCGGGAACGUCCGCAGGCCAGAAACGACAGUCAAGAAAUAUGAAGCAGAUUCUCCUCAGAUGGAAACUUCUCAAUCUGAAGAAAAUAUAAUUGAAAACCUGCCGUCUGAGGUUCUGCUGAAGGUUCUGUUGUACCUGGACGUCUCCUCGCUGUCCUGCAUCAGCCACGUGAGCAGAACCUUCCAGCAGCUCGCCGCCGCCGACGUCCUCUGGAGGAAGAUGUACGUGUCAGACUUUGGGAGUCGGACUUGGAGGCCGAAGUCUGAAGCGGCGCUGCAGGUCGAGCAGGAGGAGAAGCAGGAGAAGCAGGAGCAGAAGGAGGAGCAGAAGGAGGAGGGUCGGGCGGGCUACUGGAGGAAGAUGUACUUCAGGACUCUGGCUGGACAGGAUGUGAAGAACUGGAUGAGAGAGAGGAGAGACGUCAGCCCCUACACCGGCCUACCUCAGAGGACCAGCUGGGCCCUCAGGAAGCUGAGCGUGAGCUGGGAGCUGACGCUGAGCGGGGAACCGGGCCAGAACCUCACGCUGCAGCCGUGCCGCGCAGACUUCUUCCAGUCCUCCGCCGUGGUCCUCUUCAGCGGAGCCCGGUUCCCCCGGUUCCACCGGAUCAGAACCAUCGCGCUGCACGGGGUCCGGAAGGAGGCGCCGAGGAGCCCCAGAGCCGGGAGGCCCGGGUGGCGUUCUCUGGUGCUGCAGCUGGAGGUGAAGAGUCGUCCCAGUUGGUUCUUUGGUAAAGACGAUCUGGUGAGACUGAGGCACUUCCAGCCCGGCGUCACGGUCGGCACCUGGAGGUGUGAGGACACCGUGGUCUUCAUCGUGGUCACGCUGCACUUCCACCGGCUGGUGGAGAGGAGUCUGCUGGGCUCUCCCGUGUGCCAGUACUUUGAGCCCGCGGAGCUCCCCCCUCUCGACCAAUCAGAUCCCCAGUUCGGUCUCCAUGGUUACUCGCUGAACUUGGUCCUCCACGACAACAACAACAAGAUCCUGACGGGAACCUUCAGCCACCUGCGCUGUCACCAUGUCCCGGUUCAGGGUGGCGUUGUGGAGCUGAGGGUCAUCAACAGGAACAACGUGUCUCAGCACCGCUCGCUGUCCGGCGCCAUCAAGCUGCCGUGGAGCGGCGGCGCCCAGGAGGGCUCCGUGAAGAACUGCUGCGUCCUGACGCUGACGCUGCUGGACGACUUCCAGAAGCCCUUCUGGGUCGUCAGCUCGGCCGUCUACGUGGUCGCCGCCGUGCGCCCGCUGUCGACCGACUACGGCGGCGACCACUUCCUGUUGCACUUCCAGGACGCCGAGGGGCAGCUGAGGAUGGAGCUGGUGCAGCUGACGGAGCAGCGCCAGUUCAUGGUCAUCGGCCUCGUGGUCACGCUGCCCAUCCUCAAGGUCAACCGGCGCUUCGGCACGGCGUACUGAGGACGGAGAACCACGGCAGAGUGAGGGUGUCAAAUAUAUUUGUUUAUAGGGUUAUGCUGUUUGUUUGAAGAGUUAAGACAGUAAAAGUUUGUAAAAUUCUUUAUUUUUAUAUUUUUGUUCACAAUGCAGGUAACAAGUCUGUUUUAGUUUCUAUUACACUUCAAGAAUAUAUAUUAAUAUAUAAUAUAU